AUGGCGAGCUACAAUCCGUCGGGUGCAAACGACCCAAACAACCACAAUCACCUCCAGUCCAUGCUUGCGCGCCUCCAGGCAGGACGCAGUGCCGGAAACCCCAGCGAUGAGCGCGAUCUGCUGUCUCGCUUUGCUACCCUGAACCAGGCAAACCAGUCGCACGGCGGCUACUACGGCUCCAGCUCGGCCGGUGGCGGUGGAGGCCACCAGCCCGAAGAUACAGACUCACCUCUAAUGUCCGGCUCGGACGUCUUCCCGCCGCCCGCCGCCCCCACGCCUCCCAUGAGCCAUUUCUCCCACUCCCACGGUCCUCCCGGCCUCAUGGGCAUGACCAUGGGUCUGGGUCCGAUUGGCAGCAUGCCGCCUUCCGCCGGCUCAGCUGGCGCACCGGGUGACCAGUCCGCGAACCUGCUGAAUCUGCUCAAGUUCAAGGACAACGGUGGUGGUAGCACGCACUCCUCAACUCAUUCCCACAGGAACUCACACUCCUCAGCCCCUGGUCUCCCAUCGUUCGAUGGCUCCACCAAUCUGCCUCAGCCCGCCGGUGCCACUACCAUUCACGCGCCGGUGCCAAUGCCUGCCGAUCCUCAAGGCUUCCUGGCUUCAUUGAUGAAGGGUGACCAUCACCAAGAGUCUCAACGACAAGAAGGUCACCCGGCACCUGCUCCUGCAGGCAGUUGGAAUGCCGCGCCAGGUCCGGCCGAGGACACCCAGACCUACCUUCUCAACCUGCUCCAGCGCAAGAAGCCCUCUCAGACCGACCAACAGUCGGCAAACGAGUCGGCGCACCCUACUACCUUGACGCCGCAGUCUACGACCCAAGGUUCCGCCCACGAUCAGUCGAGAGACCUUCACGGGGCUCGUGACACACCUGAGAAGGCUUUGGAGGGCAGCACGUCUACACACUUCCCUUUCCUAGGCCAGCAGCACCAUGCUCCGUCGCCCCCUACAAAGCCCGAAUACAGCUCUCCUGCUUCCCAGAAUGGUGUUGGCCGAAAGACCAUCUUCGACUACAAGGAUCCGUUUGACGACCUGUCGCAGGCCCCGUCGCCGCACAACCGAACACCGAAGUCCAUGACUUCCGGCAGCCAUGCGCACGGUGCGACAGCUCCCACCUUCCAGAUCUUGAAGAAGGCUCCCAGCGCGACCUCUUCUCCCGGAGCACAUGAGCACAGGUUUGAACAGAAGCACAUCAGUUCGCGUCGAAGCCCCGCUUUCAGCCCAGAGAAUCACUCGCCUGCUGCCUUUGAAGCCAACCGAGCCCACUAUGACUCUUCAGCCGAUUUCACCAAAGAGCCUGUCUCCAAGGCUGUCGGCGACAUUGCUCAGACUGUCAACGAAGAAGCACAAGAGGCUCUGGCUAGAGCUGAGGGAGAGGAGGCGCAGGCCAGGAUUGCGAGAGAGCUCGAGGACAUGUUGGCUGCUAAGAGCGAGGCCGAAUUUGAUGAGAAGUCCGAAAUCGUCGCCCGUGAUAUCCAGCAUGAGCUCCAGAAGGAAGAGAACUCCGGCAUCCUCGAAGACUCGCUCCCGCCCGAGAUGGCCAAGGCCAUUCACGAUAUUGUUGACGAGGCGGCCCACAGUCAGCCUGUUGCCGACAGCUGGGAAAGCGCUGAAGCUGAUGAGAUUGUGGUCAUUGAGGAGGAGGCUUCCCCCGUCAAAGUCUACAACUUCCCCAUGAAGCCUUGGAUUUCGAUCUCCCUACAGGAGAACGAGGAGCCUCGUCCGCAAUUCCGUGACGAAGUCAUCCUGGACAUUGCACGCGUGAAGAAAGAAUUUGACCAGAUCGACCGCAACCUGGUGUCAGCCACUGAGACGUACAUCAUUUACGGAAUGUCCAAGGCCGGUGGUCUCCGCGUCAUUCGCCAGGAUGAUGGUCGCGAUGCCAAGCUUUUCACUGAUACCAAGGACCGCAUCUUCAAUGUUGCGGUUUCCUCCACCCCAGCCGACCUCAACACCCCGCAUAAGGAAUCAAUCAUCGGUACCGGCAUCAGUGGCACUGUCUACUACGAGCUGAUCAAGAACGGAGAGAAGGAUUAUCUGGAUGACGCCCACCCGGAGCAGCAUGGGUUCGCCCUCCCUCCCAUUACCACCCAGGAAGGUGAUGCUCCCGGUGGCGUCCUCAAGACGCGUGCCAGGACCUCGUCCACCCAUCCCGAGUACUUCGCCGUGGGGCGCGGCAAGACCAUCAGCAUUGUCUGGCCGUCCUUCAUCAUGCAGAACAACCUCUUCAAGCCUGGUCACGACCGCGUUGUUGAUACCGAGACACUCUCCAAGAAGUGCUCUUUGAGAAUCAACACUGGCAAGGCCGGCAAAGACUUCACGUUCAGUCAGGACGAUACCACAAUCGUGUCUCUAGACAAGUCUGGCCGUGUCAAGUUCUGGGACGUCCGAGAUCUGACGGCUGCCGAUGAAGGCUCAGACCCAAGGUUCCCAAUGCCCGCGCAGACUUCUCUCGAAGUCAAGGAGCCUCUGAUGACUCUGACGACCACUCCCGAAGGCGAGAAGGCCUGGCCAACCUCUGUGUUACUGCUGGAUAAGCAACGGCCGUACCAGAAGCGUUGUGCCCUGCGCUACAUGAUCGUGGGUAUGAAACAGAACCACACAUUGCAGCUCUGGGAUCUAGCUCUCGGAAAACCUGUCCAGGAGUUCAACCUGCCGCACUCCAAGGAAUCUGAUGCAGUGUGCAGUGUGAUGUACCAUCCACCUACCGGUAUGAUCGUAGUCGGACACCCCACGCGAAACUCCAUCUACUUCCUGCACCUGUCGGCUCCGAAGUACACGCUUAAGGGUCUGUCUCAAGUCGACUUCAUUCAGAAGCUUGUUGCGAAGGACUCGUCUGUCCCCGAGCCUGAUUCCACUGCGGUCAUUAGUGGUGUUCGCGAGUACUCUUUCGCCAACAAGGGAGUCAUUCGGAGUUUGGAUAUGUUGACAACCCCUGCUGCUUCCUCAGACAGUGAUGAGCAGACCCUGUUCGAACUCUACGCCAUGCAUUCGAAGGGCGUGUCAGGCAUCUGCAUCAAGCAAAAUGAGCUUGGCUGGACUAAAGACAAUAAAGUUGUCGCCCCCGUGGAUGCUCUUGCUACUGGUGUCGUCAAGAUUGGCAAACUCAAGGAGCUCCCUGCCAUUCAACCUACCGAAAGCCAGACUGCUGAGGACUCAGUGUCCCUUCCCAUACGUACAGGUCGCUCUGGCGCCAAGGACAAAGAAAACACGCAGCCAACGUCUGGGGAGGACGUCGCCCGAAAGGGUACUGAGGAUGUUCCAUCUACCAGUAACCAGCAUGACCGCAAGUCAGAGACUAAUGCGACGCCAAGUCAGCUUGAGAAGGCCGAACGUCGUUCCCGAAAGAAGAAGGACAAGGCUGCCGCUGCCGCCGCCGAGAAGAAUGCUGCCGCAGGCGAGAAUGGAACUGCUCAGGCAGUCCAGGUCACACCGGCUUCAGGAAAGAACACAGAGGCCAAAGCAUCGUCGACGACAUCGCAGUCUGUCACCUCUUCUGAUUCGUUCCAAUCUGCUGUCAAGCAAGUAGAAACUACCGUCGCCAACGCCGUGGAGCAAGCACUGCGCGAGAACCGUCAAAAGAUGGACCAGGAGGCCCGAAGUCGCGAGGGGGCAUUUAAGAAGAGCCAGCAGAACCUUCUGGAUGUGGUGUCUGCUACCCUCGACAACAACGUCCAGCAGUUGCUCACGAAGACCAUUAGCAGCCAGUUCGAGCAACGUGUCAUUCCGGCUCUCGAUGAAAUCUUGAAGCAAACCGUCUCGGACCAGAUCAAUCGCAUCGUUACGGAUCAGCUUGACAACAAGCUCACCGGAAGAAUCUCGCACGCGGUCCAAAACCAGAUGCAGAAGCUGCUUCCUAACACCGUUGGUCAAGCUCUUCUGAAGCCUGAGGUCACCCGAGCAGUUACUAGCAAGCUUACGGAUGGUUUGGCCAGUGAGGUCCAGAAGACUUUCGUGGAAGCACUCAACGAUAGCGUCACCCCAGCUUUCAGCCGUAUGGCUGUUGCUGCCGCGACCAAGAUGGUCGAUGACGUCCACAAGCAGGCUGCCGCCCAGAUCGAGGAUCUAGAACAGAAGCUACAUGCUGAUAGCAACAAGAUUGACCAGCUCUCAUCCUUGGUCAACACGCUCUCCGAAACCGUUGCCACCAUGGCUAAGAGCCAAGCGGAGUUUCAGACUCAUUUCCGGAGGAUGUAUGAUGGUUCAUCACAAGAUCGUCGCCCCGAGAGCCAGCAGGCAGCGAAGCACAUCCCCUUUUCGCAGACAGGCGCAGCCCCCCAAAGUCACAACCAAAGCUUUGGAAGUCAGGCAUCUUCCCGCCACCAGGCGUACAGCAGCCCCUCGGCACACUCGGGCAACCAGGUCAUGACUUACCCCUCAAGCGGUUCCGGUGUGACGAAGGACCAGGACCUUGAGCGUAAGAUUGGUGAAAUAGCCGCCCAAGUCAACGGUGACGAGAUUGAGGGCGCUCUUGUGAGAUGGCUUCAAUCUGACCGCAAGGACGAGAUUUUCGCCCACCUUUGGUCGCGACUCAAUACUGCUCCAUUGCAGACGCUGUCUCCUCUUGUGGGUCUUGCCGUUAUCGCCGAGCUUGCCCAGAAUCUGGAUGGUCCGCAUCUGAACGAAAGGAUCGACUGGGUUGGCGUGAUCAUCGGCAGCUUGUACAAAUCUCUGCCAAAUAUUGACAGCCAAGUUCGUGAGGUAAUCCCCAACAUUUUGGGCGGCUUCAUCAACAAUAUGGAAGCGCUGUAUGCUCGUGUCGCGAGGGAAGUACCUACAGGCAGCACAAUUUUGGGCCGCAUGUCUUCGUCCAUCGGCAUGGCCAGGCGCAUUGUCGACACUGCCCGUAAUCCGCACAUGCGCGACUACUAA